AUGACAGAAACAAAGACGGUCUCUGACAACAAUAUGACAGUGUCAGAUCAUCAUCCUCUCACACCAAAAAUGGCUGCCAGCAAAGGUCUGACCUUCUCAAUUGACAGUAUCAUGAACAGAAGGCCAGCAAAUUCACUCAGAUCUUCCGAUGACUCCCCACCUCCUCAUUUAACUCUGGAUCCACGAGCCAAGCCUCAGACACAAAUCUGCAGCUCAGAUUCUGUAGGAGGAUCUACCCUUUUGACUGACACGUGUGAGGUGACAUCACACGGCCAUAACCUUAAUGGUACACAUAAACUAGAAUUGAAUUCCCAGACCAGCAACGGAAGUUUUGAAUCCAAAAUAUUUUCGAUUACUCCCGCCUCUCCUAGUGACCAGAGAAAAGGUCAUGGCUUUAAUUUGGAGCAUCCGAGCAGAAAUAACCCAUUAACGGGAUUAAUCCACCGCCAAGACCCAACUCAAUACCACCAGGAUUCAUCAAUCCACUCUCCGUCUUUCACCCCUGCAGAGUUACACAGUCAGAGUUUUAUCCGUUAUACAAGAGACAUUCGCGAAGAGCUGCGUGACCCAACCCAAACCCAACGCACGACAGCAGGAAUCCCCGACGGCGCCCAAGGACUUCUUCAUUCUGAUAUUACCCGCCAUUUCAGAGAUUUAAGUCAGAUGUACCAUCUCUUUCACCCAGCGUUUCUGGGAGCUGUUCACAGAACCACAUCUUUGGAAGACUACCAUGCCCAUUUGCUAAGAACCUCCCCGUGGAUAAGCACAAACCUGAACUUAGGGCAGAUGUCUAACGUUCCUGCAAGCUUAUUGGAAGCUAUGAAGCACUCGCAGCUACUACACAGCGCCUUGAGAAACCCCACAGGCAACAAUCAUCACGGGCUGAGAACGAAUAAUAACAACAGCAUAGGAUCAGUAACGUCUUUAGUUGAAGGAACAGUAACAUCUUUAGCAGAAGACCCAGUAACGUUGAGAUACGGAUUUAAACUAGAUAAACCUCCUCAUGGAAAGCUUAGCCCAUUACCCACCACCAUACAAAACGGUUUCACAAAUAAACAACACGAGAAAAACAUAGAUCUCUGCGACUCUCAAAGCAGUGACUCCAGCCAUCAAAUCUCUGUAAAAACUGAAGACAGUAAUGUGGAUGACGAUCAAAGCGAAGACUUGUCAUCCCCAAACAGUUCCGUGGCAUCGAGCAGCCCAGAAGAUUGCAGGUCAAAGAAGUUCAUUGGAAAAUCCCCGAAAACCUUUACGUGCCCAGAAUGCGGAAAAGUUUUCAAUGCUCACUAUAACCUGACCCGACAUAUGCCAGUACAUACUGGAGCCCGACCGUUUGUAUGUAAAGUUUGUGGGAAAGGUUUCAGACAAGCCAGUACACUCUGUCGGCAUAAGAUAAUACAUACCUCGGAAAAACCGCACAAGUGUGGCACUUGUGGCAAAGCUUUUAACCGUAGCUCCACUUUAAAUACACAUAUGCGGAUUCAUCAAGGGUACAAACCGUAUGUGUGUGAAUUUUGUGGAAAAGGCUUCCAUCAAAAGGGCAACUAUAAGAACCACAAGCUAACUCACAGUGCAGAGAAGCAGUAUAAAUGUAACGUGUGCUCCAAAGCUUUUCACCAAGUGUACAAUUUAACUUUCCAUAUGCACACUCAUAACGACAAGAAACCAUACACCUGCCACGUCUGUGGCAAAGGUUUCUGUAGAAAUUUUGAUCUUAAGAAACAUAUGAGAAAACUUCACGACGGUGGACGCGUGGUCAGUUCAGCGAGCCCAUCGUCAGACCCGCUAAGUCCUCCUUCCUCACGAGAUGCCCACUCAAUGUCCAGGCCAGCUCACGGACAUCUGUUUCCUGGGCAGAACAGUUUUGCUCACUCAGCGUUUCUUGCACGGUCUUCCAUCUUCACACACCACCAAGCAAUAGCAUGCCAGAGGCGAUAUCUGUCGCCGUACAUGAUCGGACCAAACACAGCCAGCCUUCUGCACAAAAUAUCUACUGUUAUUUAA